AUGAUUCUUUGUAAUAUUGAUGUUGAUAAUCUGCCGCUUAUUGCUGGUGGGGAUGAUUACAAAAUAUGGGAUUUGGAUACCAAGGGCGUUUUUUCAGUCAAGUCUGCAAAGGCUGCUAUUAAGGCGCCAGCUGAAGUUUUGCCUACUGCAACUCUGUUCACUAGGAAAGUUGUACAUCCUACUUUGAGUGUUCAAUAUUGGAAAAUUUGGGCGAAACAGUGUUGUGCAACUGAAGAUAACAUUAUCAAGAAGACUGGUAGAAGCAUGCCAACGAUUUGCCGCCUGUGUAGGAAGAAUGACGAGACUAUGAGCCAUAUCACUUGGCAUUGCAAAGUUGCUAAGAGAAUCUGGGCUUGGGCGGUAACAAUUUUUAAACUGCAACCCAGUGAAGAUCUGGUGGCCUCUUACAAAGCUGCCAAAGGCCAGAGCAGGAUGAUAAAGGAUGUGUGGCUAGUUGCUAACUUGGCAAUAGUCACAGAAUUGUGGAAGAUGCGCAAUAAGGUGUAUUUUGAGGAUUUUAAGAUGCAUUGGCUAGGUUUUAAAGGUAGAGUUUAUCAGGUUAUUCGUGAUAACUCGAUUAGAAUGAAGGGACAUAUGUAUAAUACGCAAGAGGAUUUGCGCAUCUUGAAUUAUUUCAGGGUGCAGCAUAGAUCGAGCAAGUUUUCAACGCCAAAAGAGGUUAGUUGGUUUCCUCCCAAUCCUGAUGAAAUAAUGAUAUGUUGUGAUGGUGCCUCUCGCGGUAACCCAGGCCAAGCUGGAGCUGGUGUCACUUUUAGAGAUGCUAAUGUAGUUGUUCUUGGAGUUCUUUCUGUUGGCCUUGGUUGUCAAACAAACUAUUUUGCGGAAGUGAGUGCUGUUAUUUAUGGAGCGAUGCUAGCAAAGAGGGAAGUUAAUUUUUCGGCUGACGCUUUGGCCAAACAAGCAUGUUUGUUGGCUGAAGAUAUCUUUGAGUUUUAUGAGGGUAGGCCAGGCUUUCUUCUAUCUGUAGAGUGGCCUGGAGAGUGGAAAUAUAGGGAAGAUAAAGAGGCAGAGGAAAGUUUCUAUUGA